AUGGAUCCACUUGCAAAGUAUUUGGCACUUUCAUUACCCCAAUCUAUCAACGCUCGAGAAUGGUUAGAGCAAAGUUUGAAUGGGGGAAAAUCACCAUUAUAUAAGUUUGUAUUACCAGAUUUCCAAAUAGGGACAUUGGAUUCUUUGGUUCAACAAAGUGAUGAAUUAAGUAAGCUCGACUCACAAUUGAGCACAUCGGUUGCUAAAGUUGUUGAUAUUUUAAAUUCAGUUACCCAAUCGUCGUCAUCAAAAACUGUUAACGGAAAGCAAGUUUUGAAUUAUGUUGAAUCAUUUCAGUGGAAUACUUCCAAGUAUAGAUUAGAUAAGCCACUUACACAAUUGGUGAGCUUGAUUUCCAAUGAAGCCAUUACGUUGGACAAUGAUGUGAGAAGCUCUUAUCAGACAUACCAGAAUGCCAAGUCGAACUUUUUGGCUGCAGAUAGAAAGAAAAACGGGGAUUUAUCAAUAAAGUCUCUCCAUGAGAUUGUUCGACCAGAAUAUUUUGUGUUAGACUCGGAGCAUUUAAUUACUGUAUUAAUAGCGGUUCCUAAGAAUUUGAUUUCUGAUUUCGAAAAAUCAUACGAAACCUUAACCGAAUUUGUCAUACCAAGAUCUGCUAAAGUUAUAGCUACUGAUCAAGAAUAUUCCUUGUACACAGUCACCUUAUUCAAGAAGUAUCAACAGGACUUCAUCAACCAAGCGAGAGAACAUAAAUGGCAUCCACGUAAUGACUUUGUUUAUUCUGAAGAAACCUUAAACAACUUGAGAAAAGAAUUUGAUUUAAGUAAAGCAACGGAAUCCAAAUCUAAGAACGACUUGAUUCGUUUGGCCACCACAGCAUACUCAGACAUUUUUGCUGGUUGGGUUCAUAUUAAGGCUAUAAGAAUCUAUGUUGAAUCUGUUUUGAGAUAUGGUUUACCUCCACAAUUCGACUGUUACUUAAUUAAAUUUGACAAGCCAAAUUUUAAGAAUAUGAGCAAAUCUAAGAAAGAAUUGAUUUCGAAGUUCGGCUACUUAGGUGGUAAUGGAAUGAAUAAUAACGCAAACCUUCAAGAAUAUGCCUCGUUAGUGGAUACUGAAUAUGAGCCAUUUGUCUUGUACGAAAUGGAGAUAGUCUAG